UGCAUUGCCAUUUGCCUUCCCUGAAAUAGGAGAAUCUUAAAAAAAGUAUGAUCUGUGUAUAGGGCAGGUUAACGGGUCUAUGUUGCUCCUGGUUUUAGUAAAAUAAAGAAGACGAGCAUUUAUUUAUUACAUAUUUGUGUGAAAAUUAGAUAAAUCAACAGUGUUAAUCGUUGUGUGUUGUCAAAUAAAAGCGAUCAGAAUGCGGUGAUCGGAGAUAUAAUUGCUUACAAGUUGACGUUCAGUGAACUAAAUGGCGUUGAUCACAGUGAGCAAUAACAAAAUAUUUGUGUGAUCCUCGCUAACAGUGAAAGAAACAAUACUCGCGAUGCCUUCAACCGUCGGGCGUGGGUGGCGUGCCAUGUCUCGGUGAUGUCGGGCGCCUCAUGAGCCGGCUGCUGUGCUGGCUGUGCGCGCCCUCCGCAGACAUGGGCGCCGCGCUGUCGCAAGUGCAGGAUGGAGACGUGUGCGACGACGCCGGUCUGCCGGCCGCACCGCCCACCAUGGCGGACGUCAUCAGGGAGAGGAAGAAGAAAGCGGGCGGCGCGGCCCUCGGCACCCUCCGACGGCGUAUCGUGGCCGCCGCGCGCAGGCCCCGGGAUUCCCGCCCCGACAGAGGCUGCGAGCACGCGCGCUUCAUCCGAUCCGUGGUGUCGCGCUGGCGUUUGGCCGAAGUGUUCCUGCUGUGCGAGGAGCUGGAGGCCGGCGCUGCCCUACGGGACCUCGUGACGCAGGCCGAGCUAGCUAGGGAACCCGCCCCGGCGCUGCCUAUGGCGUUGGCGAGGGCGCUCAACGAUAGAUGGUGGUGCGACGUAGAGCUAGUGGGGGCGGGGUGGGCGGUGUGCGCGCAUCGCUGCAUCCUUGUCGCGCGAUCCUCAUACUUCCGCCGCCUGCUGGCCAGGUACCCACCGGGUGUAUGGCGCGUCCCCUUGGACGGGGGUUGUGCAGGAGUGACCCGAGCCGAAUUAGACGCGUGCCUGUGUGCGCUCUAUGCGGGGGGGCUGGCCUGCGUGCAUCGACCCCCCCCCCAAAUGGGAGCACGGUUCAGGCGCGGGGGCGGACUUGGACAUCAUCGGCGGAGACAUGACGAACUCAAACGGGACGGGGUGCGGUUGCAGUGUGGCCGCGGCUCGACUUAGCGCGAUGCUGGGAGUGUCCUGCGACUCACUGCACCACGACAUGAGAUAUCUACUGGAAGCAGGGGAGAUGUCUGACUGCCGCCUGUCGUGGGGCGGAUACGAGCUGGCCGCACAUCGGAUAGUUCUAGCAGCCAGGUCCAGAUAUUUUAGGAGUGUCAUGUGGCGUCGGGGUCGGGCGUGGUGCGGGUAGAUGAGAAUGUGCUGCCCCGACGAUUUGCCAGAGCUUUGUUACACGCUGCUUACACCGACCAUGUGGAUUUAAGUCUGAUCGGUAGGAAUUCUUCAUCACCGUCAUCGACCACCACGAGCAGCAGUGGGUCGGCGUGGAGCGCGGGCCGGGGGCGGGCCACGUCGACGGCGGCGCUGGACGACGCCUUCCAGCUCUACGAGAUCGCCAGGUUCCUAGAGAUGCCUAUAGUGGUGCAAGGCUGCGAAGACGCCAUAGUGGAGGCGCUCUCCCCCGACACUUUGCCCCACGUGCUGCGAUGGGCCACGGCGCCCCACGCCAGCCAGUGGGUCCAUAGACAAGCGAUGCGGUAUCUUCGCGACGAGUGGUCCAGCAUCAUGUCCUGGUCGGGGGGCUCCCGGGUCCCGCGCUCGGCGCUCGCCGCCGUGCUGGAGUCUCCCUUCCUGCAGGCCAGCGAGCCGCACGUGCUGCGCGCGCUGCUCAAGUGGGGGGAGAGGGCUCCCCCCCACGCCGCGCACGCGGCGGAACCCAACGUAGUAUGGCAUACGGCGCACUCCGUGUCUCGACGCGGCCGCAGGAGAUCCGUGCUACGAUCGUGCGCCCUGAGGGAUACCCUCGCUACCCUGCUGCCUCUGGUCAGGGUAGAACAUCUACCUCUGGAUCACGAGCCUUUGUUGCAGUUGGUCCGUCGCGGGGUGAUGCCGGCGCCGGUGAUGCCCGACGAGGCCAGUGUAGCCGACGCCUGGCUGGGGAGGGGCUCCUAUAGACCCGCCAGGUGCUUCCUGCCAUAUCUGGACGAGCUGAAGGCAUUGUUACAACACCAAACUCCCCCAGAAGCGGAAUUGUCUCGAUUGCGACGAACGCGACUCACACAACGGAUACCGGACACGCUCUAUAUGGUGGCUGCCAAUCGCACGGCUCCCGUGGUCGGCAACACUUCGAGCAAUCCCAGCAACCCCGCCAGCACCAGCUCCGACGUGAGCUGCGUGGACAACGCCGUGCUGGCCGUGCUGCGCGCCCGGAUGGGCCGGCUCCGGAACACGGCCGCCGCUAUCCGGGCCAUGGCCGGGCCGCACUAUGACUCGCAUGCUGUGCUCACACAAAUCGCCCUGCGCGCCGUCCGCGAGAUGUCGCUGCCCGACUCGUGCGCGGAUCUGUUGAUCAACGACAACGACAACAACGACAGAGAGAGGGAGUGGGACUCCCCCAACGAACGGAGGCGCUGGGACGACGCGCCGCCCGACUGUUGCCGUCGUUCGAGUGGCGGCGGGUCCUCUCGCUGCCUCUCGGCCGCCAGUAUACGGGAACACCACGACACAGAUAAUUGUAGAGCGAGCACGUGUCGUCGCGAGCCCCAGCCCCGGGCCGACGUGUCUCUGCACAGUCGUCAGUCCACGUCGUCGAGUAUGGGUGUGGGUCUCGGUCCCCCCCUGCCCCCCCCCGGCGUGGCCCUGCCCCCCGGUGUGGCCCUAGGCCCCGGCGCGGGCCCCAGCAGUGGUCGCCUGUCGUCGUGCGUCCCCGACGUGGCCAUGGCGCCCAACGCCAAUACUCAUCUACUGGCCGCGCCCUACUGCAGACCCACCGCCGAAUACAGCAGCGGUGUCCUACAGUUGGAUUUAGGCGAUGGCGCAACUCACACGCCCAGACCAGGAUCGCGGGCUGCGCGUGCGCUGGCAGCCGGUAGAGAGAGGAGAGACUUUAGAGACUUGGCCGCUGUGUACUCCUCGUUUCAACCUCGAACGAAUAGCCCCGGCUCGAGCGGUAGUAACCCUGGCAAUUUGGGUAGUAAUUCUGCCAAUUUGGGCAGUAACUCUGGCAACAUGGGUAGUAACUUGGGCAACAUGGGCAGUGGGUCGAGCAACAUGGGUAGUGGGUCGGGUAGUAUGGGUAGUGGCGGGGUGGUGGGCCGGUGCCGCACGUUACCGCCCCCGUGUCGAGAGCUACCUCCCUCCACGCAUCGACCUCAUCAUGGCACGCGCUCGCGGUCCGGCGCGGGGGCCUCGCAUGUGCAGCACGCGCCACUCCCGGGGCGGGGCUCCAGUCCCGGGUUCCGGCGCCACGCGCUGCUGCAGCCGCACGAGGACUACAGACACGAGCAAACGUACGAUGACUGUGACCCCACGAGCCGCGGGCCGUGCCCCAACAACUACGCGUGAGACAUCAACGCCCAGACACUGAAAGCAUCUGAAUUCAUGUCAACCAUAUAUUCUGUACUGUUGUAUAUGUCAGAACUUACUCGUAUCAUGGGGUUAUAUGUGUAGAAAAUAUAUUUGACAGAUAUCAAAUCAAAUUGUUUAUUUACGGGAAACAUAGUCAAAUUCAAUUCAAAUUUUUAAUAUUAUAUUCAUUAAGAUAAUUAGCAGCAUUUUUUCUAAUCUGAGAGAGCAAAAUAAUUAAUGAAUUUUCUAAAACAUCAUUAAAUAGAAAUGAUUUCUUUUUGGUCUUCCCGUCAUGUGAUUAUAAACGCCUAUGAUUGGCGAAUUCUACAAUGACAUCACACGCUAGUAAUUUUCUGGUCAAAGCCACAUUCCGUCGUAUCGUUCUAAAGACAGUCGUAUGACGUCACAUACCAGUAACACGCCAUAAUGUCCACAGAGAAAAGUUUUCGCGGCAAUUAAAAAUGGAUUUAUUUUACUAAAAUACACAGAAUGAUUAAUGUCCACUUUUCAUGGACUCCAUAAACAUUAGUAAAUAAAAUGGGGUCGUUUUCUAAACCUUAUCAAAUACUUUGAAAUGUUUUAAUUGCUAAAUACUUACUUAAUCCAUCCUUAUUUAUAAAUAAAAUUAAUGGUAGCCGUCACUUGACGCCUGGCAGAUGUGAAACAUGUACAUUAUUUUGUGAAAGUAAUAUGAAGAACAGAUUGCGAUAGAAACUAAAUAUGGCGUAAUGAUAAAAUAAAAUAUAUUUAUAUAUUAAAUACAAAAAUCGAAUUCGAUUGCGCAUGGCGAUGCGUCGCCACACCGUACACACUACUGCAUACAGAUUAUUUAUAUAUACCAUCAGAUAGCGGCGACAUGAGUCGCCACGCCAGAAAUUACGGUUUUACACGCGUCUAUGUUUUUAUGUUUCACAUCAAACAUAAUCUUGUUUUAAAUACAUCAAUAAUAAUAAUAAUAUUUCCAACACUCACACCACUUAACCUAGUCCCAAAGUAAGCACUAUAAGGCUUUUGUUAUGGGUUAUUAGGGUAACGGAUAGAAUACAUAUACUGUACAUAUAUAAGUAUAUUUAUAUAGAAUUAUAUAUUAAACAUCCAUGAUUGGAGUACAAAUGCUCGUAUUCAUCACACAAACAUCUGCCCCCACCGGGAUUCGAACCCGGGACCUUUCGAGUCGGCGACACCAUGAAUACCGGCGUACAAACCACUCGGCCAUGGAGGUCGUCAAAUAAUGAAUUUAUAUUCUUUAAUGUUAGUAUUACUCAUGUCAUUAAGUAAAGAAUCGCAAAUUACGACGUAAGAGAUUCUGCGUCUCUCUCAGAUGCUAUCCUAACGUGCGACAGAGACAGCAUGUCUUGCGUCGGCAUUCGAGAAUCCUUUCUUUAAUGACACGAGUUAUAGUGAAAAGUGUUGGUCAACUUUGACCAGCAAUGGUCAAGAAAAAAAAUUUGUUGUACCUUUUAAUAUUUAGCUACAUUUUGCACUUACAUUUUAAAAGGAACAACAAAAUGCGAAUACUGCAUAAUUAUUUAAAUUUCAGAUAUUUUGUAAAAUAAAAAAAAAAAUUUUCUUUCUUUUCCUAAGAGUCAGAAAAUUUCUUUUUAAAGUUAAGUUUAAAGUUUAAUAAGAUUUAUUAAGGGAAUUUAGUUUUCAUGAAUGACCUUGAGAAUUAAGAGAAAAAAAAUGUAUUUUCAAAACUAAGUAAUAUUUCUUACUGUCGAAAAUAUAUUACUCAAUCCAAUAAUAGUGUCAAUCUAAAGAUGUUUUUUUUUUCUAAAUCCUUAUUAUUUUUGUUUUAUUUCUAGUCGAUAUUCUUGUCAUAUCUCAUAAGUUCUACUUUCUUAUAAACGCAUCAUGAAAGAGCCAAUUUAAUAUUUUAAAUGAAAGCGUUGUGAAUUUUAAAAUAUUUCUCUCAUGAUUAAUACUCCAUUUGUUUUUUUUCCUUUAAUUAUAUUAUUUUUUCACACUUAACCCGAUCAUAUAGAACAGUUCUGGCAAAAAAAUACUGCGAUAUAAAAAUAUAGGUACUGAGUUGUGACAAAUAAAUACAAAAUAAAUGAAUAUAUAUGUAGUUGUUCAUUUAUAAACAUUCAUAAUGUCACGAGGUAACUAUGGACAGGUGUGUCUCUGACAUACUUAAGUUGAUAUUUUUUUUAUGCUGGCACUUCGCUCUGCCUAAAGUAUUUGCUUUUUGUAAACUGGACAUCAGUCUGUCCCUCCCGUUCCUUACAAAACAUGAUAAGGACAGAUUGUUGUCAAGUUUACAAAUAGAUAAUACGAAUACACAAGUGAUCUGUCAAUAUUACAAUCAAAAAUUGUUUGUAAACUAUUCUGCAUUUGCUGUUUGUAAACUUGACAAAAGUCGAUUUUACUUCACUCGCUGUCAUUUGUCAAGUUUGACAACUUGCUGUCAUUUUGUCAAGUUUGACAACUUGCGGUCAUUUUGUCAAGUUUGCUACUUGCUGUCAGAUUGACAAAUAGCAAAUGCGAAUGGCCAUGUCAAGUGCUAGCAUUGUAUAAUUCCAUGAAUAGUCGAGUAGUGAAGUCGUACCGCCAGUAUCAUACACGUUGUAUGGCCGUGUAUGGAUGAGAGGACCACAGUAGUGUUGUGAUCGCGGUGUUACAUACAAACAUACAUAUAAUCAUACAUUGAUCUCAUCUUGCGAGCGUGAAUCGAAGGCUAUAUCUUGUAAGACCAUACAAUAUUGUUCGUGCAAACACUUUGUGUAUGACACAAAUUGUGGGUAAUAUUAUUUAUGUGUUUAACAUUACUAAAAUUUUGUUUAAAAUUUUACUAUAAAAGAACAGGAAAACUUUAUACCUAUAUGACAAUAAAAAAUGUCGAAAGAAUAUUGCUAUUGGAUUAUUGUCAAUAAUUUAUUGAUUAUUUUGUUGAUUUUUAUUAGUAUAAAUUAUUUAUGUUAAUAUUGUUUGGCCGAUGGAGAUGGAAGAAUUCAUUUUUUUAUUCACUACGUAAUCGAUUUUAUAUUUUAGGAAUAUUACAAUGAAUUGUGUCAUACACAAGCGUGCUUUGGUCAUGCGUAUAAUGUUAUAAAUAAAUACUGUAAAUAGUUACAAAUUAUUGUUAAGUCAAGGCGCGUCAUUAAUUGUAUAUUUUAAACGCGGCGUCAAUACAAAAAUGGAAUAUAUUCAUUUUGUUUCUAAAUAUUUUUUAAUCUUAUUUAUUUUUCCUAUUUAUUAUAAUCAAAAACCAUUCCAGAUAUUUACUACCUAAAACUGUGCUACUUAAAUUGUUUUAAUUAUGUAAAAAAAAAAAAAAAUUUUGCUGAACUGAAAAUGAUGUUACAUUUCCUGUUUUUGUUUUUUCUCCAACAAGACGCCCCGUGUGUAUAAUGUUGAGUAGUGGUAAGAGUUAGUCGACCAAUCCUGUGUAUAUAUACGUGUAUAUGUGUGUAUAACCGGGGUGCGAACACUGUUUCAGGCCAAACAAGGUUGUUUUAGGCCAAAUUAAGUUUGAAUCACGCUACAUUAGUCUGACUUAAAUUAAAAUUAUUUUUAAUGCAAAUUGCGAGCUACUACGAAUUUUUUGGAUACAUUUUUAAUUUAUUCAUUUAAAGAGAGGUUCGUUCGUUGAUACUAUAAAGGCUUCUUAUUUCACCGCCCAUUUGGGAAACAAGCUCCAUUUAUACAAGGCCAUGAUGAAAUAACACUAUAUUUAUGUGAUACGGCUAUAUACAUUAUAUCUUGCUGGCCAUACAUCCAAUAAAAAUAUCUAAAGCCUUUUAAACUAAUUUGGCCUAGGCCAAAAGAAGUUCGACCUUAAAUAAGACUUACACCGUUUAAACACACACAAAUAUGUACACAAGCAUAUUAUGUAUAAAUAAUGAAUAAAUAAGAAAUAGUGUAAGGUUUAUUCCUGUACAAUAUUAUACGUAUGAGCACAGGUAUCAUAUCAGUGGAUAUAACACGCUUGCCAUGCGAAUAUAGACUUUAUUCCAAUUAUAAUAAGAAAUGCAAAAGCAUAUUGCAUCCGUUGAUAUGGUAUUUACUGUUCUUUAUACAGGGCGUCCCGCGGGUUUGUGACAAGGAGGGAAAGUAUAUAAUAUUGAUGAUUGAAAACGUAAUCAUCAUGAUUUACCCUUUCGACGGUUAUCAUACUAUACACGUUUUUUUCUAAAGAAAAUAUAACUAGAAAAAAUUCAACGCGGACCAGAUAGCAGACGGGACUCGAGGCAGCGCCAUCGCUUCGCGCUGCUUUGCAGCUUAAGAAUGGCUAGAGGAAUUUCAACGCGGUCCGUAAGGGCCGCGGCAGCAUAAUUGGUCAGUGCAUUCGCCCGGAUUGCGAAGGGUGCGGGUUCGAGUCCCGUCUGCUGCCUGGUCCGCGUUGAAUUUUUUCUAGUUAUAUUUUCUUUAGAUUUAAACAUCAAGCAGUUACAUGCUUUAAAAAAUUAAAAUUAUAACCAUGUUUUUUUUUAAAUUUUCCCAGUUGUAGCAGGCGAUUUUUUUUUAAAUUUCUGAAUGCAGUUCUAAUAGUGAUUAAAAAUAAAAUGAUGUCUUCUUUCAGUAAAAUAUCCUAUCUUCAAUAUUUAACAUACCUUUCCCUCCGUGUGAGUAACCCGUGGGACGCCCUGUAUAUAGCCUGUUUCAAUAAAAUUUAUAUACAAGAUUCAGCUACGACUUUUAAGACGGAGCCUUUGCAUCGGUUUGUCCUUUUCAUUCCUUAUAAAGCUUGACAAGGACAGACUCGUAUCAAGUUUACAAAAAGACAAAAAGACAUGAUAAAAAAGAAGUUAGGAUCUUUUCUUUUAAGUAUGGAAACCUUACCCUUAUACUUGUAGAAAAAUAUUGUAAUUGGAUAAUUUCUUAUAAAAAAAUUCAGACUCAAAUACCGAGCGCUGUCUCGAUAAGUUAUAUUGAAACGGGCUAUAUAAUUAUGAUGUGUUUAACAGCUCGGCGGGUCAACAAAACACUGUUUUGUAAGCCUAUUCAAUUUUAUACUCUAUCGCGUUGUGCGUAAAGUUUAAAAUCGUCUGGGAGGUAACUUUGUUACUCGUAAAGCCAGUUCGUAUAUGUAUAUAUGGCAUUCCGUUGGUUGCAGCAACGAUCAGAGUUGAAUAAACUGUAUAUAUAUAUAUACAUAUAUAUUCAUAAUUAUUAUUGUGGUUGUUCGGUCGAGUUGAAUGUAUUCGCUAGAUGGCGCUGUUGUUAUGAUGGCGCUUGUCAAUUUGUUUUUAUAAGUUAAAAUAAAAUUUGCUUAAAAUAGGUGUAUGUAUAUAAAUUAAAAUUUCCGGAAUAAUUACUGUUUUAGGUUAUAUUUGACGUAUUUAUGGACGUAAUUGAAGUAAACGUAUUUAACUGCCACUUUUAUUUGCGCUAGCUUAAUAUUAACUUAACACGUCACUUAGCGAAGUGUUUUAUGUAAUUGACAAUAGCAACAUGUUGUAAAGCGUAAGGGAUACUUACUAACAUGUUAUAAACGAAUAAAAUGAAUUUUGACGUUCAUGUGGCGAUAAAGCCUUAGAAAUUACGUUAAAAUUUUUUGUAUGAAAUUAAAUGAAGUUAUGGUUUAUUCAAAUUGAAACUAAACUAAAUACACCUUUACCAGUAUUUUUCCCAGAUAUUUCUUUAUUGUAUUUAAAAAAAUGUGAAAUUGUAACAACAGCGCCAUCUAUAUUAUUGCUACGAACCGCCUGAAAUAUAUUUUUUAUUUGUGAAAUCCAUGUUUCCGAAUUCGGUUUAUGAAAUAUAUUUAUUAUGAUUAAUCAUUAUUAAACGUUAAUAGCAAUAUUGUUCAUA